AAACAGGCGAUAAAUAAUUGUAGCUCCUUUUUGACCAUUAUUUGAUGCAUUUCAGCUUUUGACGAAUUGGAUUCGACCCUAAUCAACACGCGUCCUACUCCUACCCAAUCUCCUACUCAUCUUCUCCAAAUCCCCCCUUAUCCCAUCCUUACUUUCAGCGAUGGCAACUGAAAGCAACAGCGCGUCGGCUUACCUUACCAACAUGGACGAAGUAAAGCAAGUCUUCAGCCGUUUUGACGUUAACGGAAACGGCAAGAUCACCGCCGUGGAGCUCGUCGAUGUCAUGAAGGCUCUCGGAUCCGACACGUCUCUGGACGUGGUAAAGCAAAUAAUGGAGGAUAUAGACACCGACUGCGACGGUUUCAUUAACCUGGAGGAGUUCGCCGGUUUCCUUAAAGGAAGCGCUAACGCCGGCGGCGAAGAUGACGGCGGGAUGAAGGAGCUUCAUGAUGCGUUCAAGCUUUACGAUCUGAAUAAGAACGGGUUGAUUUCGGCUUCCGAGUUGCACCAGAUCUUAAGUCGGUUGGGAAUGGAAGAAAACUGCAGCCUUGAUGAUUGUACUAAUAUGAUCAAAUCCGUGGAUUCCGAUGGCGAUGGUUAUGUCAAUUUUGAGGAGUUCAGGAAGAUGAUGUCCAAGUCCAACAAUUCAUCCAAAUGAUGGAAUCAGUCAGUGUAAUCUAUAUCUCUUUCGUUAAAUACUUCUACCUUUUGAAAUAAUUCUGAUGACAGAUUGUGAUUCGAAUUUCUGAAUUCAGUUAGAACUAAAUGCGAUUUAAGAUUAAUUAAA